UAGGGCCCCAUUCCCUAUUUAUGUUAGGCUACCUGGUGUUAUAUUACAAUGUAGGCGUGGGGAUUAUAAAGUUCAGUACAAUAGGUGUAUAUGUAACCUGAAAUUCAUUGAAAUAUAAUUUUACACACAGAGGAUAUUUGCGAACAGUAAAAACAUAGGUUAACACGCAAACAUAAACGUCUGAAAAAAGUCAUAUUCAAGUAAAAUGGCAUUCCAACGUGGUCCCCAUGUCCGUGAUAUAUUUGUUGGUAAAGAUAAGAUAGAAUCAGGACAUUUACAUUAUGAUACGAAGGAGAGUCAAUCAAACUUUAUGGUCAAAACGAAAAACAAAAAUAAACAACAAAAUGCCAAUAAUAAACCGACGAAACUAGGACAAUAUAAACCAAGGAUUCUCUCAGACAGUGACGAAAUCAAUGUUCCGGUGCCAAAACACUCUCCAGUUAGAACGGGAAAUCAAAUUCUCGACAAACCCCGCCCUUAUAUAGUCGGUGACAAGAACACCCCGAUAGUGUUACAUCCGAUAGGAGCAGACGAUGAUAUUUCGGACAAUGGGGAUGUUAAUUCCAAUCAAGAAACCAACCCUCUGCAAACUUCUAAUCCAAUGUUUGAUAAGGUUACUGAAUUAGGAAAAAUUCAGACCGAGACUGAAAUAAUUGACGGUAUCGUUAUUCCGCCUCCUGAUUAUGAAGAGGAAGUAGCAACGAUGAAUUUUUAUGAAGAAAUUCGCGAAAAAGUCGAUUUUACUAAACCCGUUCAUCGGAAUUACGGUGGAGAAGAUUUUUCAAAGUUUCUGGAUGACGAUGAUGAUGAAAUUCUUGAGCAUGGAGGUCUGACAUGGCACUCUCAAAGACCACCUGCCAGAAACCCGUUACCCUCCUUCGAUAAAAAGGCGAAGACAGAAGUCAAACGAAAGUAUCAAAAGCGCGAGAGUAAGAAAACAAACAAACAUUUCAAUACUCAAAAACGAAAUUCUUUGAGAAAUUUUAGUUUUGCCGAUUCUAAAUUCGCCGAUAAAGGCGCGGAUCGACCAUCCAGUGGAAAGAAAGAUAAAAAUAAUAAAGAGGAAAUGGAAUUUAGUGUUUAUGGUGAUGCCGAUAAUUUCAUGAAUUCUAAUAACAAAUCUUAUGAGACAUUUCUACAUGCGCGACAUGGUGACUUACCGGAUUUGUACCACGAUAACAGACAGACAGAUGAGGAUAAAGAAAUGCACUCACCCAAACAAAAAGACGGUAAUUUUUGGAAAAAGCUAACAUUGCGUUUUAAAAGACAAAGUAGUUACGAUAUGUCCACAGUAGACUAAAAUAUAUUUAUUGGCAUAAUCAACAACCAUGUCUUUCAUCAUUUUAUGUAAUCGGCCCAAAAGAAGAAGCCUAAUUGUUUCACAGCCAUUUAAAAAGACCGAAAUGUACAGCUGUGUAUUUUGGACAUCCAUACAAGCAUUCAUAUCGUUUUAUUUACCGAUUUUUAUUCAUGUGGGGAGAUUAUAGGCUGAUUAAUAUAGGUUUGCAGUAUUACGGCCACAUAUAAUUACUUAUAUAAUAGUGUGUGUAUAUAGAUGUAUAUAUAUAUAUAUAGGUUUUACAUAGUUUCGUUUAAUUGUCCAUAUCAAAUUUUAAGUGCUACUCGUAAACGAUAAAAAUUUGUUUGUGGUUUUGUUUUUUUUAAAAAAGGGAUUAAAAACAUUCAGCACU